AUGGAUCUCUCAAGCACAAAUUUGAUUCCUCAAAUUAUACGAAUUCUACAAAUUAUGAAGAAUAAAGAAGAAAACAUCAAAGAAUUUAAUAAAGAGAUUUCAAAUCUUCAUCAGCAAAUAUCAAAUAUUCGAAAAAUGCUGCAGUCACUUCCUGGUAAAGAUCUGAGUAUUUUAGAUCAAGAGGAAAUAAUUCAGGGCUUAGAAAAGCAAAUUUCGAUACAGAAAAAGUUAUUAGCUGAAAUAAACGUAGUAGAGCAAGAUAAAUAA